AUGGACUUCAUGUACAUGGGUCAGAGCAGUGUGAGUCUGAUCAUUCUUGAUUCAUGGACUCGAUUUUCGUGGGCGAUUCCAGUGCCGGGGAAAGCACCGACGAAGAAGUUGGCCGAGAAAGUGGUGAAGUUUUCUCUCGAGAUGAACUACAUUUCCGAAGAAGUUCUGUUUGCGAUUGAUGUGGAGCCAGCGACAACAGCCUUACUGGAUUUGAUUGUAGCAAUACGACAAAAGUUAGGCUACAAGGCUGGAAAGUAUCCAAACAAGCCCUACCACAAAGGAAGAACAGCGAGAGUGGAACGCCACAUUCAGAACCUCAGGAGACAAAGCCUCACGAUGAUUGAAAUGGUCGAGGAUCGGAUUGGGGAAAAGAUUCCUGAAGAUCAUGCUUUACGAGCGUGGGCAAUUCACCACGCAGCAUGGUUGUUCAACAGGUACCACCUACACUCAGGGACGCAGAGUACAGCUUUCCAAUUGGUCUACGGGAGACCAUACCAAGGGCAGAUUUUACCCUUCGGAGAGUAUGUGUUUGGUCUGGCCAAGCCUGGAGGAGUGAAGAAUCGAUCCUUGUGGACAGGAGGAAUAUGGGUUGGAAAGGACGACCGGGACAUGGACGUGAUUACAUCAAAAGAUGGGAUCUUUACGUCAAGAUCUGUGCGGCGCACACAACCAGCGUGGCGCGCACGUGAGACCCUUCAACUUCAGGGUUCUCCUUGGACGAAGAAAGCCCCAAGGCUAGGGCACACCGCGCAUGCGGCACCGUUACCGAGAAUCAUGGAAGAACCAGGCAAAGAGAAAGAAGGAGGAGAAAAUGAGCCAGAGCCAGCAGGAGAUGAAGCAGGAUCUGAUGUGGAAAGUUCAAAGCAUGACACAAUCAGUGAUCUAUUGCUGAGCAGUGGUCAACCUACACCUCGAAGUUCAUCAACGGAUUCCAACCAAGGCGGGGGACAAAAGAGAGAAACUGAAGGAGAAGGAAGAGAGGAACCUGCGAAAGCUAGUAAAACAGCAGAUGCUGAGGAGCCACCAACGAAGCAACAAAAGACUGCGGAAAGUUCACCUACAAGUGCUGAUCCUGGAAGUCCGAAAGGAAGUCUAUUUCCACCGUUGUACGCCGGACAGGUAGAAGAACAGGAAGACGAAACAGGAUAUCAUGAAGAUGACCUUUGGGAAGAAAGAGUCUGGAAGGAAUGCGAAGAGGAAUAUGAAGCGGAUAGUGAAGGAGAAGAAGAAGAUGAGGAUCGACCACCGAAAGUCAGCGAAGAGGAACUUGAAAGAUUGGAUGCAGAGGCAGGAAAAGCUGAACUUGACAAACUCGCCAACAUGAAGGUUGUGAAGACGAUCAAGAAGGAAGAGUGUUCAGAGGAAGGUAAGUUUCUGACACUAAGGACAGUUUUCGAUUGGAGAAAGAGAGAUGGAGUUUGGAAGCGUAGAUGCAGAAUUGUGUGUCGGGAAUUCCGUGCGGGAGCCCAGAGCACGGAGGAGACUUUUAGUCCUACGUCAGGACACGCAGCAGUGCGAAUGAUGUUUCUUUUUCAUCUCAUCUACAAUUGGGAGCUUACAGUUCUUGACAUUCGUGACGCAUUCUUGCAAGUCAAGCAGAAAGCUCUGAUGUAUGCUGAUAUCUCACCGUGGAUUCGAACACUACUUGGUUUGGAUGAAGACCAUGUAUGGAAAGUGGAGAAGUGUCUGCCAGGGCAAAGAUCAGCGGCAGAACAAUGGUUUACCCAUUUGGUUGAGAUUUUGAAGCGUUUGGGAUUUGAGCAAUUUGUUGGGAUACCCUCAAUCUUGAAGCACCAAGUGAAGAAGAUUGCAGUGUCGAUUCAUGUCGACGACGAGCUAGUUGCAGGUGCAAAAGGCGAAGGAAGAUGGCUGAUAUGCGAGCUAGAGAAGUUUUUCAAGCUCACAGUUGAGGGACCGUUCCCAUCCCACCGGGGAUCGGGAGAACAGCUUCAUUACCUGAAGAGGACCUAUGAGUUCCUUGAAGAAGGAAUUUUGGUGACAGUGUCGAAGAAGCACUACGAGAAGCUUAAAGGACUCUACAAGCUGGGGAACCGAAAGCCAAGACAAACCCCAGAGCACCAGCUGAUUGGAACAGUGGACAAUUCCAAAGAACUGGAUGAGAACGAGUGCAAGAAGUUUCGUUCAGCGUUGGGAACACUGUUGUACAUUUCCCAAGACCGAUGGGAUUUACAGCAUGUGACGAAGUGUUUGGCAAGUAAGAUGUCGAAGCCAACGGAACAAGCGUUAACCUGUUUGAAACAAGCUUUGCUCUAUGUGCAAGGAACAGAGCAACUGGGAUUCCUACUGAAGUACACAAAGGUUGGAAACAAGAUGAUGGAUGCGAUCUAUCAAAGAGAAGAGCAAGAAGAAGAAGACGAAGAAAAGAAAGGAACACACAGUAUGGAAGUAUUCACGGAUGCAGAUUGGGCAUCAGACCGUGAAGCGAGAUGGUCUACAUCAUCAGUGAUUGUGUGUGUGAAUGCAGUGCCAGUACUUUCGUAUAGCAGGACCCAGAAAGCUACAGCUUUAAGUUCGGCAGAGUCCGAAGUGCUAGCAUGCUCAGGAGGAGCAUCAGAAGCGAUGUUACUGAAGAAGUUGUGGAUGUUUCUUGCAGGAAAGUUACUCGUGGAGAUCCGGAUGGAUUCAAGUGCGGGAAGACAAUGGAUGAUGCGAACAGGAGUCGGAGGACUCAAACAUAUCGAUCUGAGAGUAUUAUGGCUUCAGCGAGGGGUGAAGAACAACAGCUUCAAAGCAAAGCCAGAGUAUCUCGAAGGAGAUUUCUCAUGUACCAUAUUGGAGCCAUGGUGUGGAAUGGAGAAAGUCAUGAGCGUUAUGGGAAAGAAGAAGCAAUGGAACAUGUGGCAGGUGAAGUUUGCCGAAGCCAAGUUCGAGCACUACGACAGCCAGACGAUUUUGGAGGACGAGAACGAGAAGAACGAGAAUUUGUUUUCAUCUAUGUGA